UAUAAUGGUAGUGACGUCUAUAAAUACCCAGUGUUAAGCCAGCCAGCUGCAAGACAACAGGAAAAUGGUUGGGACAAAAGCGAUAUCAUGUCUCCUCGGAUAUUUCAUUUUAUCUGCAGAAUGCUAUCAUAGCAAGGAGCAAAAGCCGCUGGUAACGGUGAGUGAGGGCAAACUGAGAGGAACCGUAGAAAAAAUCUACGAUGGCUCCUCUUACUUCAGUUUUAAGGGAAUUCCAUACGCCGAGGCUCCAGUUGGAGCACACAGGUUUCAGUCACAACCAUUAGCGCCACGAAACUGGCAUGGAGUCCGUGAUGCUUCGAAACAUGGCCCAGUCUGUACUCAGUACGACUUUACUAUCUCACAAUAUUUAGAAGGCAGUGAGCAGUGUCUCUUCGUCAAUGUGUAUACCAAGUCUUUAAAACCAGACGCCAAAAUACCGGUGAUGGUAUUCAUUCACGGGGGAUCCUACAUGUCCGGAUCUGGAAAUUCUGAUACUUUCAGCCCAGAUCUGCUUCUUGAACACAAUGUUAUAUUGGUAACCAUCAACUAUAGAUUGGAACUGUUAGGGUUCCUUGCGGUUGAUUCAAAUGAUGUUCCCGGAAGUGGUGGUAUGAAAGACACAGUUGCAGCUCUUCGCUGGAUCAAGAAAAACAUUGCCAAAUUUGGUGGAGAUCCUGACAAUAUCACCAUUUUCGGAGAAAGCUCUGGGGCAUCUUCUGUAACUUACCUAAUGAUGUCACCCUCUGCUCACGGACUCUUCAAUAAAGUCAUAGCUCAAAGUGGCACUUGCUUUGAAGACUGGGCUCAAGCGAGAGGCAUGAAAGAAAGGGCUUUCAGGGCUGCGAAGGUAUUAGGCAAAGAUGCCAAGAAUGUUGGAGAGUUGUUGGACUUCCUUCGUAGUGUGCCACCUCUGAAUUUGACUAAUCUUACUGAAAAAACUAUGACUGAAGAAGAAAAGUAUAGAGGCUUUCCUGAACAAUUUGUUCCCGUUCUUGAGAAAAAGUUAAGAGGUGUCGAGCCCUUCAUUGAUGAGGAUCCUGUGCAGAAGGUGGUAAAAGGCAAAGUCAGUAAAAUGCCUAUAAUGCUUGGAUAUAACUCUGGUGAAGGAAUAUCGACAAUUUCUGAUGAAAUCAAGCGAUUGGAUGUAAAGAACAACAACGUUUCAUUAUUUGUACCGAGAUCGAUUGUUGAGAUUGUUUCUAAAGAAAAGGCUUUAGAGUUUGGACGAAGAAUACAAUCAUUCUACGGUAGUAUCACCAAAGACAAUCCAGAAGUCAUACGUGAUAUUCUGACAGAUGCCAAUUUCGCAUACAACACACACAGAUUCGCAUACUUGUACAGUAAAUUGAAUGCUCCCGUAUAUAUGUACAGAUUCAACUACGAAACUGAUUUGAACAUCAUAAAGAAAUAUUCCUCAUUCAAAGAUAUACCUGGAGUGAGCCAUGCUGAUGAUCUUUUCUACUUAUUCUACAAUAACUUGAACAAGGAGGCCUAUGAUAAUCAACCUAAGUUGAGAGACAUCGCUUAUGAAGUUACCAAGCUAUGGACUGAUUUUGCUAAAUAUGGAAACCCUACACCAGAUGGAAGCUUGGGGGUAGCCUGGCAGCCAUACACGCCAUCUGGCAAGGAAUACUUCAACAUCCAGGAGAAAUAUUCCAACGGCCAGUACGCUGACAAAGACCGCAUUGAAUUCUGGAACCAAAUCUACAGGGAAGCUGGCUUGCCCUACAUUGGACAGUGAAUCAAGUUCUUGAAAUAAAAGAUUUUGUUAAACGAAA